GGACCACUGAGAAAAUUUUGCAGUGUGAAGGCCAUCCUAGCCUUUUGCAUACUGUCAAUCAUGAACGGGUCAAAUGCGACUUCAGUCCUGGACCUUUGACGAACGACUGCUCUGGAGACCAUGCCGGUAUGAUUGCUGGUGUGAAGGCACUGGGUGCUGAUGCAACUGACUAUCACCUUCCCCAUUAUCACAUCACAUGCAGUCAUUUUGCGAAGUGACUUUUGAGGACAUUUGUGGAACGCAACCUGACCAAGUUCCAUGGGCUGUCGAUGGCUGCAACCUUUCUACUCCCGCUGUGCCACUCAAGGCUUGCGAAUACCUAUUCGCUCUUUGUUGAAGCUGCUGAUACAUGCGAAGAACCAAACCCGUCUCUGCCUCAGCAAACGCAUACAAUGUCCCGUAUAGUCAACGCGAUGGUCGCUUACCCGGAAAUGCUUGCUGGUGAAAAUCACUUUUGCACUUCUCUUGGCAGAACAUUUGGCAAUCAUCUCGCUAGCAGACUCGGAGCAGAUGGGUGCUAUGGAUUCGGUAUCAGAGCUUCUGAACAGACCGAGUACCUUGGUGCUCGAGGAUUUAUCGGUGUUGCAGUCAAAGUCGAGGACGGCAGUGUAGAGAUCGCUUGUGCAGUGGUCCCUAAGCUGCUGGAAAGACUGCAGAUGAGCACUGUGGGCAUGCGAGAGAAGCUGCGAAACUAUCGCUGUUCCGAGAGGAGUAACACGGCAGAGGUCGUGACGGGGAAGGCGCACCACCCACUCGUGUUACUCAAGACGCCUACCUUGAGCCCAGCUCUUGAUUCCAGGGGACAUUCAGGCUAAGAAAUCACUACGUAGUAGCGCCGCUUGACAUCUCGAAAGCAAGCUUGGAGCGGAAAAGGCGCGGAAAAGCGUUCUAUGAAACGUCUCCACCAACAGAAAUCCGCUGCCUACAAUGAAAAUGUCAACCCAACUAAAUUUUCUAGGUAACUCUAUGCGAACAAUCACAAGCUUUGACCUACAAGCCAUUGUUCGAAUCGCAUCGAUUCAAAGCACGCCAAAGUGACGAACAAAGAGUUUUCACAAUGUCA